GCGUUGGACUCUUGCGGCUGCUAUUACCAUGAAAGCUAGGCCUGCUUCCCAGUUCCCACAAACUCUAUCUCUCUGUUCUUUUAGCUGUUUUGAAAUUAAGAGAAGGCUAACUGGAUUGAUUAGUGUACUGGAAAUCCAUGAUAUUGGAGAAGCCGGUGUUUCUCUGAUUGGAGAUUUGUUUGGCCUGAGGUAAAUGACAGUUUGGGCUAUGAUUUCAAUAAGAGCUGGGGCUUUUUCCUUCACUUUUGGAUUCAAUGAACAUGUCGAUUUGGAUGUUUUUUGAAGAAAUAAAGUACAUGGUUUGAUUUUUAGUGUGGUUGAAGGAAAAGGUGCUGAUAUCCAUUGAAGUGCUUGCUCGCUUUUCUACUGAGCUUAGAAUCUGGUUUUGAUUUGCUUUGAAGAUUUCUGUGCAUAUUUUUUAAUUUUGACAUCCCCAGAUGAGCAAGUUUUGAUAUAUGGAUCAUCUCAAAUCUUGGCAGUUAAGCUUAUGAUCUGGCUAAGACGACUUCAGUGAUAGAUUAAGGAAAAGCAAAGGGGGUCAACUCAACUGUGGAUGGAGAAGCAGAAGAGUUUUAAGUAUAGAGCAAUGGAAAAGCAGAAGAGUUUUCUAGAGAGGAGGAUCAAGGAAAGCCCCGGGAGGCGAGGAGAUACAAUGCUUCAUCUGGCUGCAAGAGCUGGAAACCCUGUCGAUGUUCGGAAUAUUCUUUCAGAUUGCGGUGAUGUUCAAUUGAAGGAUAUGAUUUCCAAGCAGAAUCAGGAUGGGGAGACUGCACUGUAUGUUGCUUCAGAGAAAGGGCAUGUUGAGGUGGUGUGCGAGAUUUUGAAGGUGUCUGAUUUACAAUCAGCUGCUAUCAAGGCCUGCAACAGCUUCGAUGCCUUUCAUAUUGCUGCUAAACAAGGCCAUUUUGGAGUUCUAAAGGAGCUCUUGAAUUCGUUUUCCUCAUUAGCUAUGACAACAAGUUCGUCAAAUGCUACUGCUCUGGACACUGCUGCAACUCAAGGUCAUGUUGACAUAGUUAAUCUUCUUUUAGAAACAGAUGCAAGUCUAGCCAAGAUUGCUCGGAACAAUGGAAAAACUGUUCUACACUCAGCAGCCAGGAUGGGGCAUGUUGAAGUGGUGAGGUCCCUUUUAAGUAAGGAUCCCGGCAUUGGAGCAAGGACUGAUAAGAAGGGACAAACAGCAUUUCACAUGGCUGUAAAAGGAAAUAAUGUAACUAUUGUACUCGAACUGUUGAAACCUGACUCUUCCAUUGUCAAUGCAGAAGAUAAUAAGGGCAAUACUCCACUGCAUAUCGCGACAAGGAAAAAUCGUCCCGAGAUUGUGCAGACUCUAACUUCAGUUGAAGGCAUUAAUGUCAAUGCACUUAAUAGAGCAGGCGACACGGCUCUUGCCAUUGCGGAGAAAAAUGGCCUGGAAGAAGUUUCUGCCAUCUUGAGGGAAGCUGGUGCCGUGUCUUCCACUGAGCAGGACAACCACUUGAACCCAGCAAGACAAUUGAAGAAAACAGUUAGUGAAAUCAAGCAUGACGUCCAUACCCAGCUCAAGCAGACCCGACAGACUGAGAUGCGGGUCCAACACAUUAAGAAGCGACUCAGAAAAAUUCACAUCGGUGGCCUCAACAAUGCCAUCAACUCAAACACAAUUGUCGCCGUGCUCAUCGCCACCGUAGCCUUCGCCGCCAUAUUCACGGUGCCAGGCCAGUUUGUUCAGGAGCCGGCCGACGGGUAUAAGCUUGGUCAAGCCAACAUUGGCAACACUGCAUCCUUCAUCAUCUUCCUUGUUUUUGAUUCCCUUGCGCUCUUCAUAUCUCUUGCUGUUGUUGUGGUCCAGACUUCUUUGAUAGUUGUGGAGCAGAAGGCGAAGGAACUUAUGGUUUUCAUUAUCAACAAGCUUAUGUGGGUGGCUUGCCUUUUUAUUUCCAUCUCUUUCAUCUCUCUAACCUACAUUGUGGUUGGCCGGAAAGACUGGUGGCUGGCAUGGGGCACAAUGGCAAUUGGUGCAUCAAUUAUGCUCACCACAAUAGGAUCAAUGUGCUACUGUAUUGUUAUCCACAGAAUAGAGGAGAAGAACUUGAGAAAUAUUGGAAGGGGCUCUGGGAGCAGAUCCAGAUCAUGGUCUCUGUCAGUUUUCUCAGACUCUGAGCUGGUAAACAACGACCACAAAAGUUUUUAUGCUCUUUAGAUUCAAGCAACUUAUACAUUCAUGUUCAUGUUCGCUAAAAUAUGAAGUUGUUAGUGUAUACUGCUUAUUUGGAAAUAAUAUUAAGAAAUCGUUUCAUUAGAAGAGUAUAUUCUUUA